UUUCAGUUGACGCGGUCUAGUGCGCAAGUGGUGACACGCGUUGGGAAUCGGAAAGAAUAUUGGUGGAUUGAAAAUAUGUGGAUUGAAUUUGUGGUGGGUCUUUUGACCCUUCUCAUCAUUGUCGAUACGCUCUACAAGAGAAGGCGUCAUGUUAUGAUAGCAAAGGCUGGGAUACGUGGACCUACACCAUUGCCAAUUGUGGGAAAUGCCCUACAUCUGGUGGGCAAUACAACGGCCAGUAAGGAAGGUGUCUUCAAUUUAAUGGAAAAUUUGACCUCCAAAUACGGCAAAGUUGUACGCAUGUGGCUGGGUGGCCAAUGUGUUCUGAUGAUUCGUGAUGCCAAAUAUUUGGAAGAUAUUUUCAAAUCCCAACAGCUGAUUGCUAAGAAUGACUUAUAUAGCCUACUUGACGGUUGGUUGGGACAGGGUCUGUUGCUGAGCACUGGGCCUAAAUGGUUUUCACGUCGCAAGAUCAUCACUCCCACCUUCCAUUUUAAAAUUCUAGAAGAAUUCGUAGAGGUAUUCGAUCAACAGAGCCAUGUUAUGGUCAAGAAUUUGAUGAAACAAGCCGAUGGCAAAACUGUGGUCCGCAUGUUCCCGAAAGUUUGCCUCAUGGCUUUGGAUAUUAUAACCGAAACGGCAAUGGGUGUUAAAGUUAAUGCCCAAGAACAUCCCGAAUUUGCCUAUGCCAAGGCGGUAACUGAUACCUCCAACAUCAUGUCCGAUCGCUUUAUGAAACCCUUCGAUCGUUUCGAUGGCUAUUUCCGCAUUUUCCACAACCAGAGGUAUCGUCAUUUACAGAAAUGCAUUAAAAUCAUGCACGAAUUCACCGACAAAGUUAUUGCCGAACGUCGUGAUGCUCUACAAAAAUCCAUUGACAAUGGAACCUAUGAGGCUGGCAGUAGCGUGGAUGAAAUGGGCAUUAAGAAACGUAUGGCUUUCCUUGAUGUGCUGCUGCAGUCCACGGUGGGCGGAAAACCAUUGACGAAUAUGGAUAUUCGUGAAGAGGUUGAUACGUUUAUGUUUGAGGGACAUGACACAACGACAAGUGGUAUUUGCUUUACACUCUAUCUGCUAUCGCGUCAUCCUGAGGUGCAACAGAAGGUACUCGAGGAGAUUCACAGUGUUAUUGGUGAGGAUAAGGAGAAACCGGUGAGCAUGAAGGAUCUGCAAGAUCUCAAGUAUUUGGAUUGUGUGAUCAAGGAAAGUUUGCGUUUGUAUCCACCAGUACCAAUGAUUGGACGUGUUACCGAACAGGAUAUUGUGAUAAAUGGUGUCACCAUUCCGGCCAAGACCAACAUCACCCUACUCAUGUAUGCCGCCAUGAAGGAUCCCGACUACUUCCCCAGGCCGGAGGAAUUUUUGCCUGAACGCUUUAUGGACACCGAGGAAGCCAACAAAAUUAAUCCCUUCGCCUAUGUCCCCUUCAGUGCGGGACCCCGCAACUGCAUUGGCCAGAAAUUUGCCACCGCCGAAAUGAAGAGUACCAUCAGUAAAAUGGUACGCCAUUUCGAAUUGCUACCCCUUGGCGAGGAUGCGAAACCUGUCAUGAAUAUUGUAUUACGUUCCGAGACUGAUGUCCAAUUGGGUCUGCGACCCCGCAAGUAGUAGGGAGGUGUUUUGUAAAAAGUGUAUGUUGUUGUUUUUGUUUUUGUUAAUUUUAUAUUUUGUAAGGUAAUAAACUAAUUGUGAUGUAGUUAAAAUAAUUAUUUUAAAUUGCAAAUAUACA